UGGCGGGGUCUCCGAUUCCGAUAUCAUCAAUUCGCGGAGUUUAUGUGUGAAUUUUUGUCGACUUAAAUCGUUUUAUUUCUCAAUAAUAUGAAACUCUUCGAAGAUCCCAUUUUUAAAAACAAGUACAUGAAAAAUAAACGCCGCGUGAAACGAUGGGAGAGCGAUUUUAUGGAAAAAUACGGACGGAAACCUAACAAGAAUGACAUAAAAGAAGCAGAUAUAUCUAUCAAAGAGGCAUAUAAGAUAUAUUGGAAACUAAAAACACGUGCACUUGAGGAAACCCUUACAGAUAUUACUUUCUGUGAUGAUAUGCAGGACAAUGUCACUAACUCGUUGCAAAAAUCAAUGAGUGAUCAGGAGAAGAUUCUAAGCCCAGAAAAAAAUACAAAGGAUGCAGAGAACAUAGAUCCUCAUAAUAGUAAACAUUUUAUAGAACUUGAAGAUCCUCUUAGUCAAUUAAAUAAAUCGGCAGAUGUUGAAGGAGUCUGGGGAGACCAUUUGAGCAAAAGCAAGGAGCAGAUACCAAAGAAAAAGCAAGCUCUAUUAAUUGGUAGAUCUUCGUCUUUUCAGCUAUCUAAAAACAAAUUUGAAAGUUCAACCUUUACUAAACGAAAUCCAAGAAAAUCACUAUCAUCGACUAAAAUCAGAAACAAAGUUGAAAACGACACCAGCUCAAACAUUGAUCAGACGGCUGUGUGUGACAAAGAUGGCUUUGAUGUGGCAGCUGAUGAGAUAAAGUCCAUGUUUGACGAAUCGAUGAAGUUAACAUUUAAAGAGAGCAAACCUACCACUCAGUAUUCUAUCAAUGCUGUCCAACAGCUGGUAGACAGCCAGGUGACUUGUGUGAAUCGUAAUUUGAAUGGGGGUUGGCUUGAUCGAUGCACAAUAGCCAUCAAUUCACAGAGAUUCUCAGGCUCUAGCGAUUCUGGAGUGGAAUCGACAGAAUCCAGCAUUUACUCCACAAAGUCAUCUACUGCAUCCUCUGCCACAUUGCUCCAGGUCUCCGAUGAGGAUUUUAUAUGCAAUAGCGAUUCCGAAGAAGAAUGCAGAAAGAAACGUAUCAGAAAUUUCAAGAAGGAACUGAGUGAACAAGAUAAUAUUCAUCCUGCAAAACGACAAUGUAUUAAAAUUGAUUUUGACACUACUCAGUCUAACGAUAUAAUCGAUAACGAUACAUUCAAGCAGAUUUGUCAUGUUAAUAAAAAUUUAAAUUUAAUACACAAAAGUAACAAAAACGAAAAUGACAAUAUUAACGCAUCCAAGUUAAUUAACGAUCUUAAAACAAGUUUCAAUAUAUUGGACAAAUCUAUUAGGAUUCAAAAUAACAUAAAUCACUCAGAUUCGAAUGUUAUCAAUAAAGAGACAUCUGAGAAUAAUUGCAAGACUGAUCAAGUAGAAAAUAGAUUCAGAAUAACAGAUGCUAUUUCUAAAUCAGCUGAUCUUGCGAAUCAAGAGGACUCUUUGGUAUCCAACGAGGAAUCAGUAAAGCAACAUAUAUCACGUCGAAGAGCAAAACAAGUACCGUCAGAGGAUUCCAAUUCUAAUGUGGAAGAGAAGGACAAAAAGGCGAAAGUGAAGACACGUUCCGUCAAAAAAUCCAUAAGUAGGCGAGGUAAAGAUAAGACGGCAAGCAACGAAGAAAAAUGCAACAUGAAGGGAAGAAGAAAAUCUUCGAGAAAAGAUACAAAUUUAGAGAAGAAUGAUAAAGACCAAAAUUCAGACUCGGAAAUAUACGACAUUCCGGCGUGUGAUGACGCGAAGAUGUUGCAAACGAUUCCUCGCUUCGCGAUGAAGCCGUCGAAGAGCAGCGACCUCGUUGUCCAACUUUCCGAAUCGCUUUCCAACGAUGCCCAAGAAAGGGAUGCUUCGACACUUUCGACGAGCACUAAAUCGACCGCGAUAGCGAAGCUAGAGCAGAAAAUGGCUACUGGGACGAUGAACAAUAAUUUUGUCAGGAUAAAUUUGAAGAAAAAAGUAUUCGUGCGGGGCAAGAAAAAUUUCAAUUUGUCCAAAUAUAAGAGAAAUCAGUGGAAACACAGAAAGAAAUCCAGUGCGAAUGACCUGGACGCGGCUGAUCUGAUCGACAAAAAUGGUAUGACGUGUUUCAAAUGCGGCGAGUCUGGGCAUUUCGCUAAAAACUGCACAACUUCCGUUGCUCUUCUACCUUUGUCUGAAAUUGACGAGUCUAUAAACUUUCCAACUCUGGAGGAAGUCGAGAAGAUGGCCGGCAAGAACGCACAAGGUCGCAGAAUUGAUGGACUCCCGGAAGGAUCGCUUAACUUUGCUGCAAAGGCUUCGUGUUCCUCGCAAGAACACGAAGAAGAAGAAGAAGAAGAUAUGAUGAAGCUAUUUGAUGACGACUUUGACUUUAAUGAGAAGGAGGCCUUCAUCUCCCAUAAGAUUCCACAGGAGUUGUGCUCCAGAUUAUUGCCGCCUCGAAGGGAAGUAGUCGAUCCGCUAUAUUCCACAAACAAAGACAACAGUCUCAUCGAGACGCCGGAAGAAGUCUUUGAAGCACUACGCACGUUUGGUCACAAAAGCUUUAGAAGUGGCCAAGAGAAAGCAAUAAUGAGAAUUUUGUCUGGCCAGUCCACUCUGGUAAAGCUGUCAACCGGUUCCGGAAAAUCCUUGUGCUAUCAAUUACCAGCGUACCUGUACUCCAAACGUUUCCCUUGCAUCACCCUAGUAAUCUCGCCCUUGGUGUCCCUGAUGGACGAUCAAGUAACGGGUAUGCCCGCGUUCCUGUCCGCCGCGUGCUUACACACCAACCAGACACCAAAAGUGAGGGAACAGGUGAUGGAGUCGGUGAGGCAGGGCAGGGUGAACAUUCUGCUGGUGUCACCGGAAGCGGUGGUGGCCGGUGAAAAGUCCACCGGUUUCGGCGCCCUCCUUAAUCAGCUACCCCCGAUCGCAUUCGCCUGCAUCGACGAGGUCCAUUGCAUCUCUCAGUGGUCGCACAAUUUCCGACCGUCCUACCUGAUGGUCUGCCGAGUGCUCAAGGAGAAGCUGCGCGUGAGGAUGAUAUUGGGACUCACGGCGACCGUCACGAAGACAACCGCGGAGAGUAUAGUGAAGCAUCUAAAUCUGCACGACGGGAUGACCGGUAUCAUAUCGGACCUGCCCCUGCCUAGGAAUCUCGUCCUGACGAUGUCCAAAGACGAGAACAAAGACCAGGCGUUGAUUGCACUGUUGAAGAGCGAGAGGUUCCGCGAUUUGGACUCCGUGAUAGUUUACUGCAUUCGCAGAGAAGAGUGCGCGAGAAUCGCAGGCUUGUUAAGAGUGUCGUUACAGGAUCCACGAAAUCCUGAGAACCCAAAGGCAAGGAUAUCUACGAUAGCUGAAGCUUAUCAUGCUGGUAUGACGACCUAUAAACGCAAGCUCGUGCAAAAGGAGUUUAUGAGCAGCAAAAUUAGAAUCGUGGUCGCCACCGUCGCAUUCGGAAUGGGAAUCAACAAAUCCGACAUUCGGGCUAUCAUUCAUUACAAUAUGCCCGCUACCUUCGAAGGAUAUGUGCAGGAAGUCGGCCGUAGCGGAAGAGACAAUAUCACAGCGCACUGUCACUUGUUCUUGAAUUCUGUGCAAAAUAGUGAUAAAUGGGAAUUGCGCAGACACAUACAUGCAAACGGUGUCGAUAGACAUACGAUUAGACGCUUACUCCAAAAGAUCUUCAUUCCUUGCUCCUGCGCAAAAAUCAAUACAAAAAGUCCCGACCAGAAGUGUUCUGGUCACGAAGUCGCCCUUCCAAUCGACGAGAUCACUCAAGAGCUUGAUAUUACGCAAGAAACAAUUGCGACAUUAUUAUGCUAUCUCGAGCUACACCCGAAGAGUUUCAUUACUGUCUUGUCAUCUGUAUAUGUUCGAGCACGAAUUUCCAGUUACCAUGGACCGCAAGCUCUUAAACAAGCGGCGCAAUCUUCUCUACCGCUCGCAAUGGCGAUAGCACUGGACAUGCAGAGGGGAAUUUCGCACGAGGACAGUAACCUAAUAGAAUUUUCGGUAAUCGAAGUCGCGUCAGCCAUCGGCUGGGAUAGUGGAGUAGUAAAGAGUCAUCUAAAAAAUUUGGAAUGGAUAACAGGAACUGAUGGAAAGACGAAACGUUCGGCUAUAUCGGUAAAAUACGAUAAACUCGGCUUACGGGUGAAAGCACCAGGCGAUUUGACAGACGCGGAAUUGGAUGAGGCACUUGACGAAUUGAUUGCCCGUACUCGUUUCCAGGAAACCUCGUGUUUGCAGCAGCUCGAGCUCAUAUCCUCCACAUUCGAUAAAAUCAGCGUACCGAGGAUCGAGCACUGUUCGAUUUUGACCGACGAUGUCUUAAGGAGAUCGGAAGAGCUCAAAAAUAUUAUCAGAGAAUACUUUUUAGCGGAUUCUCCUUUAAACAAUGUUGAUAUCAGUCUCCAGAAUGAGGUGACGAAUGAGCAACAAAUCGCCACCGAUGUGCGUAAUUUGAUAAUAUGUUAUAGAGAUACGAAGUUUACCGGUCGUGCCAUAGCUCGUAUCUUUCACGGAAUACAGAGCCCAAAUUAUUCCGCAGUGAUUUGGAGCAGGUGUCGUUUUUGGAGGACUCAUCUGGCUGCAGAUUUCAACGUCAUUUGUAAAAUAGCGACCAGAGAAAUUCUAGCAUUACGAUAACGAGAACGGUUAAUCGAAUAUUACUUGAUUUGAUACGUAUAUUUAAUUUUUUUAUUAUAGAACUUUACUAAUUUUUUGUUAUUCUUAUCAGUUAACUUCAUUAUUUCACAUCAAGUUUUAUUGAAACAAAUUUUCAUAAUGCAAUAAAAUUAAGACAUUAAUGGUAAAAAAACACAUUUUCAACAUAUUCGAUAUGACGUUAAUUUGAGAUUGAAGUUUAUCAGAGAGAGAGAGAGUGAAUAGUUAUUUAAUAAAAUGCAUAUUUAAAAGAUAAUGCGAAAACUUGUUUUAUAUAUUUGGAAAUAUUGUGUAUAAAGGAAUUUUAAUAAGAACAAAAUGUGCAUUUUGUAAGGUACAUAUAGCAAUUAAUUUUACGCUUGUUGAAUCUUGACUAAAGGAAUUUUAAUAUAAACUUUUCUAUACAAAAUUGUAAUACGAAAUAACAAAAUGUAAAACGGUUUUUUUUUCGUGUUUAGUUUGUUUAUAAUGUGCUUAAUAGAGAAUUAAACAUUGUAUGUUAUUCUUAAAAAUAAAAGAUAUGAUGUUUAACAAGAAAAUAGAUUAGAGUCGUUUGCGUUGAUACAUACAAUUUCUCCCCUCCCCUUCACCUAUAGAUAAAAAUAUAAAUAUAUAUGUAUAUACAGGUUGUUUACGAAAUACUUAGACAAACUUCUAGAGUAUAUUCCUCAUGUCCUCGGGAUUACGAUAACUUUGGUUUCUCAAUUUGAUAGAUGUUUUCGAUAGGUUUUUUUACCGAGAGAAAGAAUGUCGCAAACCAGAAUGCUCUACGAUCAAUAGUUUUCGAGGUAUCGAAUUUUAAAGGUCGUAAAAUCGUAAAUUUACAACUUUGCAUGCAAAGCGAGAUUCAAUUAAUUCAAACCUGUGUCUAGUUUUUUGGUAGUGAAGAAUGAAGCCCCUCCCCCAAAACAUCUAUUAAAUUGAAGG